UGGUCUGUUGGCGUGACGCAGGCACGAAUGUGAUUGGUACGGAGGAAAGAGUCGGAGUGGGCGUGUUUAGCAGGAGACGAAGGUUAUAUGAAGGGGUGUCGGUGGGCCGUCGGGGCUUAGUGCCGGGUGAGCCGCAGCUAGAGAAGGAGGCCUGGAUGUCGGAGGACCGGGCGAGGAGCACAGGAGAGGGCGCCGUAUAGCAACCGGAGCGCACCAUAGGCUGGUGUACAGAGCAGCUAGGCCCGAGCCCCCGUGUCGCGCAAUCAGCGUCACAUCCUCGGCUAUCAGUGGAGGUUGAUGCCCAGGCCUGCCUCAUACAGGUGAGCCCAACAGGACGGCCAGCAUCCUUCCCCCCGGUGUAACGCUGAUCUCCGGUGUGCCAGAGAGGACCACACAGAGGCAUGAAUUCAAACGUUGAAAACUUGCCCCCACACAUAAUACGGCAGGUUUACAAAGAGGUCUUCACUUUGACGUCCGACCCGCCAGAAGGAAUAAAGAUCAUUCCCAAUGAAGAGGAUAUAACGGAUGUUCAAGUUAGCAUUGAAGGGCCAGAGGGGACCCCAUAUGCUGGAGGAAUUUUCAGAAUGAAGUUAAUCUUGGGCAAAGAUUUCCCAGCAGCCCCUCCCAAAGGAUACUUCCUUACCAAAAUCUUUCAUCCAAAUGUUAGUACGAAUGGAGAAAUCUGUGUCAAUGUAUUAAAGAAAGAUUGGAAGGCUGAGCUGGGUAUUAGACAUGUGUUACUGACAAUAAAGUGUUUGUUGAUUCACCCGAACCCAGAGUCAGCACUGAAUGAAGAGGCUGGUCGCCUCUUACUGGAGAACUAUGAAGAGUAUGCUUCCCGUGCCAGACUAAUGACCGAAAUUCAUGCCCAGAAUUCAACAUUAAGGGGCAAGGAUCCUACAGACCCCUGCUCCUCUGCGUCAGCAACUGUGGGUAUUGGUGAUGGACCCAUGGCCAAGAAACAUGCCGGGGACCGGGAAAAGAAACUUGCAGCGAAAAAGAAGACAGAUAAAAAGAGAGCCUUGAGACGACUUUAAAUGGAUAAAAUAAACAUUCAUGGGUGCAGGAAGUUUUGAGUUCAAUGGAGGGAACUUAAAGACCUGGUGGGGGGGUGACCGUGGAGAGUUUUGGGGGUUAAUGAGUUCAUAUCCUUUUUUUUUUUUUUUUCUUCCCUUUUCUUUUUUAAAGGCCAGCUUUUGUUAUAGUUUUUCCAAUCUAAGUUAUUUAAAUUAUGAAUCUAUUAAAAUACUUUUUUCAUAAAGAAA